AUGGAUGCAAUUGUGCAGCAGAUUCGCGAGCUCCACGCACAAGCAGACGAAGUGGGCAAGAUAAAAAUCAGCAAUGAGCUAGAUGCGCUGCAAUCGUCUUUGGAUAGUGACUGGGACACUAUCUUGAAACUGGCAGGCGGUCCGCUCCGGCAUGCUCUAGUUAAAAUAGGGGUAGAUUUGAAAAUCUUUGAGUCUCUCGUUGAGCGCACUUACAGCUCCUCCGAGCUGGUGGAGAAGACGGGCAUAUCGUUUGACUUGCUUGGGCGCAUCCUGCGCGGACAAGCAUCCUUUGGCCUGAUCCAAGAGGUAGGAGCCGGUGGAUACGCUGCGAAUCGGUUCACCAAGCUGUUCGCUGACUCGAAUGCAGCUGGCGCGGUGACCUACACCUUCGACGUCCUGAGGCCUAUUGCUUCCGCUUUCCCUGCUUUCCUCAAAGAGAGGGAGAAUGCGUCGAUCACAUCAACGCAUGAUACCGUCUUUCAGAAGGCAUUCGACACGAAGCUGAGCGGCUUUGAGUGGAUGAAGCAGCACCCAGAGACCUUUGGGAACCUGUUCAAGUUCCUUGCAUUGAGACCGAAUCGCGACUGGGUCGACUCAUUCCCCAUCGAAGACGAAAUCGCGUCGUUCAAUGAACCAGACAAGGCAAUCCUAGUGGACGUCGGCGGCGGUACUGGUGACCAGGCGCUCGUCUUCCGGAAGAAAUUCCCACAGCAUCCUGGCCGGGUCAUCGUGCAGGAGAUUCCAGAGACUCUGGCGCUCGCAAAGCCGCUUGAAGGAGUCGAAUUUAUGGAGCACGACUGCUUCAAGCCAAACCCCAUCCAGGGCGCGAAGUACUACUAUCUCCGGUAUGUCAUGCAUCUCUGGCAAGACGACAAGUGCGUGGAGGUCCUCAAGGCCCUGAUUCCAGCGCUGGGACCGCAGUCUCGCAUCCUCAUUGACGAGGUGGUUGUCCCUUCGUCCGAGGUGCCAUGGCAAGCGGCGUGUCAGAGUAUCCUCAUGGCCACGACCCUCGCGGGAGCAGAGCGGACUCUGGCGGAGUGGAUGAGGCUGCUUGAUGCAGCGGGACUCAAGAUCAUUGACAUCUUCACGUACGAUUCCAAUCUGCAGUCGGUCAUUGUGGCUGUUCCAAAGAAUUGA